AUGGUCCGUUGCAGAGUCUCUGCUCACGUGGCUGAGGACACCUCGGAUCUUCUUCAACACGUAAAAUUCCAGUCCAGCAACUUCGAAAACAUCCUGACGUGGGACAGCAGGCCGGAGAGCGCCCCAGACACCGUCUACAGUGUUGAGUAUAAAAAGUACGGAGAGAGAGAGUGGCUGGCAAAGGAGGGCUGCCAACGGAUCACCCGGAAAUCCUGCAACCUGACCUUGGAGACGGGCAACCCCACGGAGCACUACUAUGCCCGCGUAACUGCGAUCAGCGCUGGAGGCCCGUCGGCCACCAAGAUGACCGACCGGUUCAGCUCCCUAUAUCACACUACCAUCAAACCACCCAAUGUGACCUGUAUCCCCAAGGUGAGAUCCAUCCAGAUGAUUGUCCAUCCCACCACCACGCCUAUCCACACAAGGGAUGGCCACCGGCUAACCCUGGAGGACGUCUUCCCUGACCUGUCCUACCACUUAGAGCUCCAGGUCAACCACACCUACCAGAUGCACCUUGGAGGCAAGCAGAGGGAAUACGAGUUCAUUGGCCUGACCCCCGACACAGAGUUCCUUGGAACCGUCAGGAUUUUUGUUCCAGCCUUGGUCAGAAAGAGCGAGCCCUACACGUGCCGAGUGAAGACCUUGCCAGAUCGGACGUGGACAUACUCCUUCUCGGGCGCCUUCCUGUUCUCCAUGGGCUUCCUCGUCGCAGGGCUCUGCUACCUGAGCUACAGAUAUGUCACCAAGCCACCUCCACCUCCCAACUCCCUGAACGUCCAGCGAGUCCUGACCUUCCAGCCUCUGCGGUUCAUCCAGGAGCACGUGCUGAUCCCUGUCUUCGACCUGAGCAGCCCCAGCAGUCUGGCCCAGCCCGUCCAGUACUCUCAAGUCAAGGUCUCCGGGCCCAGGGAGCCCCCGGGAGCCCCAGCACUGCACAGCCUGUCUGAGAUCACCUACCUCGGGCAGCCAGACAUUUCCGUCCUCCGGCCCUCUGGAGUGCCGCCUCACCAGGCACUCUCCCCACUGUCCUGUGCGCCCCAGGCUUCCCCGGAAGUUAGGCCCCCACCCUAUGCACCUCAAGUAACCCCCGAAGCUAAACCUCCAUCAUACACGGCACAGGCCAUCUCUGAGGUCCAGCCUCCCUCCUACACUCCUCAGACCACUCCAGACGGCUGGCCUUCUUCCUAUGGGAUGUGUGUAGAAGGUUCUGGCAAAGACUCCCCACCUGUGACACUCUCUAGUCCCAAACACCUCAGGCCUAAAGGUCAGCUCCAGAAAGAGGCACCAGCUGGAAGGUAUAUCCCCGAUGGCCUUUCUCUGCAAGGGGUGACCUCCUUGGAUAUGGGGGACCCCCAGGAAGCAAAUUCCUUCCACCAGCAUCUGGGAGUUCACACGGACAGAGUACCUGUCCCCUGUGUGCUACACAGAGGGGAACUAGGGACACCGUCGUACCUGAAGGGCCAGCUCCCCCUCCUCUCCUCUGUCCAGAUCGAGGGCCACCCUGUAUCCCUCCCUUUGAACACUCCUUCCCUCCCCUGUUCCCCCACAGACCAGGAACCAAGUCCCUGGGGCCUGCUGGAGUCCCUCGUGUGUCCCAAGGACGAGGAGCCUGUAUCUGAGACUGAGGCCCAGAGCCCGGCCCCUCAGGCAUCAGACCUGAAGCAGCCCACAGAACUGGACUCUCUCUUCAGAGACCUGGCCCUGACCGUGCAGUGGGAGGCCUGAGCGGAGAACAAGGCGGGCCUGGGGCUUCCUCCCUGUCCCCGCCCUACCUCCCAUCACUGGCUGUCACUCCCACACCCGACCAUGCUGCACACUAUGCAGCCCGGCCGCAGCUUUGGAAACUUAGCUCAUCUGGGUUCAAAUUCCAGCCUGACCACUUACCGGCUGUCUGACUUCAAGUGAAUCACUACUCGAAACCUCAGUUUCUUCAUCUGUAAGGUGGAGAUAAUAACACCUACUUCACGGCGGUGUGGCAAGGGUGAAAUUAACGAAAUGUCUAUAAAGUACUUAAUUGUGCCUGGCACAUGCACAGUGCCC